AUGCAGAAUCCGUUAACAGUUUCUGCAGGUGGUGUUUUUUUGCAUGCUAAUCCUGCAGAGAAACAUUGUGUCCAACACAGUAUGCUGGGUCAGCAAAAGCAAGAAACUUGUGCUGGAAAGACAGUAUCCACAGAUAAACAGAAAUCCCCUUCGGAUAUAAUACAAAGUUUUCAGAAGAAAAGUCAGUUUAGGACCAUUGCUCCAAAAAUGGUGCCAAAAAAUUUAACAUCUGGAGUGGUUUCUUGCCUUCAGUCAUCUUUGCCUGAGCCAAUGACACCAGUUUCAGGUUCUAAGCCCCUGGUGGUGCCAGCUCAGAACUAUGCUGUCAUGCAGGUGGCUGCUCACAAGGGCGCAUUUUCCCUGUUGGCUGUGCCAUGUGUUGCUCCUGCCCUAACACAGCAAGUUCAGCAGUCGACUGUAGCCCCCUCUGAAAACCUAAAGCUGCCCAUCCCCAGGUACCAAUCUGUAAGAAAUAAAUUGCUGAGUGACAAAAAACCAGCACAAAUCUCUGGUUUGAUUGCAUGUUACAAGAUUCCUACCAAAGCACUGAUCUCAUCACAGACUUCCCCCAUGACUGCUCUACCUGAAGACUGUCCUGAAGCUCAUUCUAGUUCAGGUUCAGCUGAGCAAGGCAUGAUAACAGACUGUGACUCAGCUGAAAUUGAAAUUGUCACAUUAGUAAACAAAAGCAAUUGUGUGAAAUCUGGAUCUCUUUUAAUGAACAAAACUGAAAUUGCUAGCGAUAAUAUUUCUGGACCAUCUGUAGUUGAAGACUCUCUAUCCAAGCCAGCAAGUACAACUAGUCCCGUGAAACUAAGUCUACGCUCUGUGAAGACAGCAUCAGAAACCACAAGAGAGUCACUCCUGACAUCUGAGAAACUAAAGGAAAAACCCACUAAUUCUGCAAAUGCUGUUGCUGUCUUGUCACCAGCAGUUUUUGGCAGUACAAUUCAGAUAACUCCAUCAGCACCAAAAGGAAAACUACCUAUUUUGCCUUACUCGAGAAUGAAAAAUACAGUGUUCUGUGAAUCUAAGCAGAAUGCUAAUGCUAUGGACAUACCUGGUCAUUCACUAAAAAUGGAAUGUGAAAAGAUACCGUCUUUAAUGAAAACCAAAGCCUUUGAUAAGCAGUUGGGUGUAUCAUUUACGCAAGUCCCCAAACAAACCAUCCGAGAAAAUACCUUCUCUCCAUCCAGCAAAGUGGAUGAUGUCGACAGUCUUAAAAAAUUGAACAGUGCAACCUCUAAAAGAAGAGGCAGGAAGAAAAGAGCUCCAGAAGAUUUAGUGGCUUUUCAGGCCAAGCGAAGGAAAUGCAUCAUUAGUAAGUUUAGAGAAGGAAGAGAGAGGGCAAAGGUUGAUAUUCAGACACCUGAAGACAAUAAAGCAGAAGCAGUGAAAAAGUACCGCAGUAUCAGACCUAAACCAGUGGUAGUUAUGCAGGCGUUUGCACCGCUGACUCCUGCAUCAGUCGUAGAGACACCAUCUCAUGAGCAAGACUUAUUUUUGAAUGGUUCACUCCCCAAUAAAUGUUUAAGUUCCAAGCACAGUGAUGUUACAUCAGCUAAAUCAAGUGGUCUAAGUAGAAAUACGUGUUCAGCUGUCCCUAAGCCGCUGCACAGAUGUCAUGUUUGUAACCACACGUUCCAGUUCAAGCACCAUCUCCAGGACCACAUGAACAUGCACACGAGCAGGCGGCCCUACAGCUGCAGGAUCUGCAGGAAGGCAUACAUCCACUCUGGGAGCCUCAGCACCCAUAUGAAGCUUCAUCACAGCGAAGGCAAACCCAAAAAGCUGGUGUGCUGUGAAUUUUGUGCUAAAGUUUUCGGCCAUGCUAAAGUGUACUUUGGCCACCUCAGAGAAGUCCACAGGGUUGUUAUCAGCACAGAGCCUUCCAUUAGUGAGCAACAGAUGCAAGAUACUUUAAAGAGAGACAGGAAUAUAAAAGAGGAAGAAGAAGCUACAGAGAGGGGAAAUAAGUGCAAUUUUGAGGACCUAUUCCAUAACCCGGGAGGAGUGAAAUUACAGGUCAAAUGUGGUCGAUGCCAGUUUAUUGCAGAGUCUUUUGGUGAAAUUAAGUUUCACUUACUGUGUUGUCAUGGAGAAGAGAUUCAGGGAAGAGUGACGGAAGGGGAUUUGCAAGGAAGCAGAGGAACAAAGGGGGAACUGGUCAUGCAUAAAACCCACGUAUGGAAACAGCACAGUGAGAGAAGACGUUUGGCAAAGUGCAGUGCUCGUCAGGAGGAGCUGUGUACUGUUCCAAAACCAAAGAGACAGAUAAACUUUCACCAUCAAAAUAAUGUCUAUAUUUUACCUAAAAGUGUACCAACUCAGUCAGGAGGUACUGAAGCCUCCAAGGAGAUGCAAAAUGUGGGGUUUCGUACACCAAGGAAAAAAAUAGAAUUUUUGUCUAAGGCAGGCUAUAACUGCAUUUUAUGCAAACAGUUAUUUGGAAGAAAAGAGGAUCUUUGUAAUCAUUGGCAGAGUCAUCAUAAUUGUGAAGACCCUUCUACUUUAUGGACAGUUUUUACUUUGGUAUCGAAAUGA